GCGCUCCACAAAGCGAGAGAGAGGAGGAGGAGGAGGCUGAAUCACAGAGACACAGGGCUUCAUGCUUUAUGUGAGUUUCUCAAGAGAAUGUACAAUGCCAGGACCACCGGAGUAUCUUUAACUGGAUUUUACUUCAGCAGAGUCUACGCUUUAACUCUGGAUUGUUGCGCUUUACUCCAUCACUGCUCCAUGAUCCGUAGCAGUCAAAAUGCUGCUGCUUGUCUCACUACGCCUGAGGACUUGCCACAGGGAAGACUUCCGCCUGUCUUCUUCACUCAAGAAUAGUUUCUCAGACCAGGACAUGGUUUCCUGAGAGGCCUUACUUCAACUCAACUAAAGGGAUAAACAAGUCUACUCUGUGCCAUGACUGCUCUUCUUCUCAACGUCAGCGUCCCUGGGAGUACAGCAGUUCUGCCGGCGACUACAGACUGUCCAUACAACCAGACCUCACCUGCUCAGACAGCACUGGGGUCACUGCCCCCUCUCUGUACACUCUGCUGCUGUGGCUUUCUCAAUCGUACCUUUGCCGUGGUGUUCAUGGUCAGCCUGGCCUUUGCCAUCGUGGUUGGCAAUGUGGUCACACUAACUGUCUUUGUGCAAACUAGGCAGUCUAGAACGCCACAGGGAUACUUAAAAGUGUCUCUGGCCAUAGCGGACAUGAUGGUCGGGGUCCUGGUGGUCCCAUUCUCCGUCUACACUGAGAUCUCGCUGAUGGUAACCAGCGCUCCUCCAGUUUGGUAUCAGGGCAGUUCUAGUCCUCCUGCCGCCUCUUCCUCCCUCGGCGGACUAGUGAGUCCUUGGCAGCCCUGCAUGCUGAUAGGGCCUGUGUUCGCUGGAUGCACCUUUGUCUCCAUCAGCACCAUCUUUCUUAUGACGGUGGAGCGAAGCGUGGCCAUCCUUAGGCCGCUCCACAAAGAUGCCUUGGUGACACGGAGGCGAACUCUGCUCCUCAUCCUGCUCUCCUGGGCUGCCAGCUUCCUGUUGGCUCUGGCACCACUCAUCUUCAGCAGUAACUUUACGUUGGAGUACAAUGAGUGCAGCCGUAUGUGUAACUACACCCCACUGUUGUACGGGAACCAGCUGCCAUCUGAUGCCAACAUUCUGCUGUUAUUUCCAGCAUUUGACUUCACACUUCUCGGGGGCACAUUAGCAGUCAAUAUCAUGUCGUUCACUAGCAUCCGACAGUACUCACGAAAACGCAAACUGCUCUCAGAGGGUAGUUUGAGUGAAGGUGGGGCAGGCGGGGGGUGUCCUCACAGGCCCUCUUUUUCAGACAUUAAAGCCGCCAAGACAAUUGGCAUAUUAACAUUUGCCUUCACAGCAUCCUUCUCUCCUAUUGCAGUGUUUGUGCUCGGGAAUGUGGUGGGAUAUACUUGGUGUAACUUUUCCUUCUUUGCCUUCUGGAUCCUGGCAGGAAACAGUUGUUGCAAUGUCAUCAUCUAUAGUGUCAGGGACCACCGCUUCAGGAAGGGUGUGACCCUGCUUUUUCAGCGAGACCAGUCCCCUCCACAUGGCGAGAAGACCUGAGGGAUAAAUGAAUUCAUUCAAAAGCAACAAGUAUGUGUUAUAUAACUGUAGUCAAGUAAGAUGAGUUCAACAGUGUAAAAUGACCAAUAAAGGUGAUCUCCAAACUCUGUAAUUGACAAUUGUGAAUGGUAAAUGAACCCAGCUCAUAUUUAGCUUUUGACCUCAACUCACAACUGUUUAUUGUGUAUGGAAAGUAAAUGUAUAUCUAUGCAUGGCAUGACAAUACAGUUUCCAGGAUGGGCCAAACACGCAUACUGUAGGUCUUGAGUUAAAAGACAUAAGUGAUUGUCUGUAUCUUCAGGCUAAUGUAGCUACUGUACUGCCACAAUAAUACACAUCCUGUCCUCUAAACUCUAUUCUGAUUUGAAAGGUCAUUAUAUUAAACCUACUUUCUGAGGCUCUAAAGCAUUUUGGGGUAUUUUAGUAACUUCAGGAGCUGCACACCCUCAAUAACCACAGAGUUAAGUUUUGGUUUUUUUGUCAGUUGUGGGUUUUUAUGUGUAUUUGUUAUGUAUAUGUUAUCAUAAUACAGCCUCUUCAUUGGAUAACUAAGGUUUAACUUAAAGGAAUAGUUUAUACCAUAGAAUUAAUUCUGUGGCGUCACAUUUGACACCCAAUUUCAAUCAGUUGUAAUAAUAAUCUGCCUCAAGUACCAUAUAUGCACUUUAUCAGUUACCAUGUAAGUCAUUUACAUUGAAACAUGUGUCGGACAAUGUUAAUUUUGUACAAUUUUCAUUUUUAGCAUUUUAUAAAAUACAUAUAUAUAUUAUUUUUGUCAAAGCCUAUGUGAACUCAAGAAUGAUUUGUAUAUUUAUCAGUAUCAGUACAGACUUAAUGAAUGGGAUGUUACCUACAGAGAUUAAGCAUAAAACACAUCAUAAUAAUUGUAGACCCUUAUACUGUGCAGGCCUAUCUUUUCAGGGUAUUUGUAAAAUAAAAAUAUUUCAUCAGUGUGUCAGCAAA